CGUGCUCCCUCCCUUGUAACUGAGCAUGCGCAGGACAUGUUGUAAACAAUGAGAGCAGACCGUCUCCAGCUUUGUGUCUGUCCAACAGUUUAUCUUUGCAAAACUAACAGCGGUUUCUAACAGCUCUGCGUGUGUUACAUAAAAAUGUUCUUUGGGAGCUGAAGCAUGGAGGUGGUUCUGAGCAGGCUGAGGGGGCUGAGUGCGGAUGAACUUCGAGGAGAGUUUGCCCGAGCUGGCGUCAAGUGCGGUCCGAUCACAGCCACCACCCGAGCCACCUUUGAGAGGAAGUUAGCCCGAGUGCUAGCCGGUCCAGAGACCAGCGCCACGGACACGGACAGCAGCUCUUCGGCCGCCAGUGGAGCCUCUGAUGCGGAUAAUGCCAAUCCUGCAGAAGCUGUAUUAACCUCCGCUUCAACAAAAUGCAAACCCACUGAGGCGGCCAGUGAAGAGUUGGACUUUGGCUACGGAGUAGGUCUCAACCCUCCUGAGGAAGACGAGAUCUUCUCAAAGACGACCUCAAACUGUUCUGCAGAAGGCAGUCACUCUCGGUCCCAAACGGAAACCCCUUCAAAGUCGGCACAAGUGUCCCCAACCUGUUAUUAUGGAGUAUGUCCAAUGUGGGAGGAUGUGUUGUCUAGAAAUGAGAGAGCACAUGUAUACACGGAUAAGAAGGAUGCCCUUCAAGCUGUUAAGAUGAUGAAGGGCGCCCGCUUCAACCGCUUCGCCAACCGUGAGGAUGCUGAGAAGUUUGCCAAGGGGAUCUGUGACUAUUUCGCCUCGCCCAACAAAUCCACACCCUGUGUGUCUCCGGCCAAACCAGGUCUGCUCCUCAGUAAAGACCACAUGGAGGUUGACAGCAUCAACCGGGAGCGGGCCAACAGCUUCAAGAGCCCGCGCACGCAGGACCUGACGGCCAAGCUGAGGAAAGCCGUGGAGAAAGGAGACGAGGCGGCCUUCAGCGAGCUGGUCUGGGACAACCCGCGCUAUCUCAUCGGCUCAGGGGAUAAUCCCACCAUAGUGCAGGAGGGCUGCCGGUACAACGUGAUGCACUCGGCAGCGAAGGAGAACCAGGCGGGAAUCGCUCAGCUGCUGCUGGACACUUUGGAAAACCCCACAUUUAUGCGCCUCAUGUAUCCAGACGACCAGGAGGCCAUGCUGCAAAAACGCAUCCGCUACAUCGUAGAUCUUUACCUCAACACUCCAGAUAAGGCUGGCUUUGAAACCCCUCUCCACUUUGCCUGUAAGUUCGGAUGCCCUGACGUGGUCAACGUCCUGUGUUCGCAUCCCGACUGCGAUAAGAGCUGCAAGAACAAGGACGGCCAGAAGCCUUGUGAUCUUAUUUGUAGCAGGAAAAAUAAAACCCAGGAAGUGAAGCAGAAGAUAAGUGACUAUUUGGAGGACCGCUGCUUCAUCCCGUUGCUGAGGGCAGUGGAUAACACCUCUCAGCCCAUCAUCGGGGGUCUCUGGUCCCCCGAGUCCUCAGAGAGUUUCUCUAUGAUCCAUCCGCACCCCAGAAGCCCGAUGGACCCCGUCAUGACGGUCACAGCCUACGCCGGCCCGCUGAGUCCCUCUAAAGCAGAUGAUUUCCGUCGCUCCUGGAAGACGCCGCCCAGAGACCGGGGCGACCUUUUCCACAAUAUCCUGAAGUCUGAUCCCGACCGCGGGGCAGAGAGAGUGGGCAGAGAUCUGGCUCAUGAGAUGGGCCACCCGUGGGCUGAGUACUGGGACUUUCUGGACAGUUUUGUGGACCUGUCAUCUGCUGAGGGGCUGCUGAAGCUGAACGAGUAUCUCAGCAAGAGGGACUUCAGCCCCCAGGGUCACGAGGAGGCCGGGGAGAACGAGACCAGCAACAAGUUCAAGACCCCAUCUCCAGGAAAGCUCAACAAGUUCUGCAACUCCAUCUCCGUGGGCGCCUUCCUGGACGAGGGCGACGACAUGAGCCUGGAGGAGAUGAAGAACCGGCAGAACGCGGCGCUCACCAGCAUCACGUCCUGCGCCGCGUCCGGCCUGAAGGGGGCGACGGGGGGCCGCGAGUUCCACAUCCUGCCCAUCGCCAUGCUGCACCACCGCGGGGCCGACCUCAUCGAGACGGCAGCCGAGCAGGAGCUGCUGUGUUGCUGCGACGACGGACUCUUGUUGCCGGGGGUUUCCUGCAAAAACGGGCUGUGCUCCUCCUCCUCCUCUUCCUCCUCCUCUUCCUCCUCCAGAGACAGGACUCACAACGGGGACAAAGUGGCCCCUCGCACCUCCCCCUCCUCCAUGCUGUCGCCCAUCUCCAACCUCAUGGUGGAGUUUGAGCGCAUGUCUCUGCAGGAGGAGCACAGGAACUCCUCCAUCUCCUCUAUCUUCUCCUCCCCCCCCUCCUCAGCCUCGGACCUCAGCACCGGGCUGACCCGCCUCUCUCUGGGUCACAUUGGGCAGGAGGGGGGGGAUCCCGCAGAGGGAGGAGAGGAGGAGAGCAGCGGCAGCUCGGAGGAGUUCUUUGAAGCCCAGGAGAGUGUGGAGGGGCUGGGCAGGACUAGGGGGGGGGCACUGGGGGGGGGGAGGAACCUCUGUGCCAGGUCCAAGUCGUGGGACCAUGGGGGGAGAGACCUGAGCAGCUCGGGGUCCUCAGGGUCCUCCUACAAGUCCUUAGAUAACUCCAACGAGUUCCUGCCCAGGACCCCGCCCAAGAUCAGGAGAGGACUGUUCAUCGAAGGGGAUUCACCAUCCAAGUUGGACAGACAGGUUUUCUCAGCGAUACAAGGCUUGGACGUCGACGUCCUGAAGUAUCCCAGCAUUCACAAGUGGAAGAGCACAAUGACCUCAUACUCGACUUCCGACAUGCAGAGCUGGCCCAGCCCUGCGGUGGUGAAACCAGGCCUCAGGAUGCCUCAGACCCCCGGCUCCCCGGCACGCUUCAGCCCCGCCCGGCACGCCGCCUCUCCAGACUUCAGCCCCAGCCGCUACAGCCCUGCCAACGCCAGCUACAUCCAGCGCAUCCGCCUCAAGCACUUAAACGAGCCAUCGGUCUAACUGCCCCCCCCCCUCUACGGCCAUACCCUCCUCCCCCGCCCUCCCUUUACAAAUCCAGCUGCAACAAGGUGGCUACACCCGAGCUCAGAAAACACAACAGAAAUAUGCACAAGCGUCUGGAUUUGUAUUUAUGAUGUAUGGUACUACUCUAAUGUCAAACAUGAAUUCUCAUCACGUUGGGUUGUGAUGUACACUGAAGACUUUAAAAAAGAAAAAAAAAGAUCAUUUAUGUUAUGGGUGUGGACAAUGUUGAAUUGACGGUAAUGUUAUUUGUGGCAAGUGUGAAGCACCUGUAUCAUAGCCUGAGUCAACUUCUUUUGUGAAAACAAGCCGCACUCCCCAAAGUGAGUUCAUCAGAGGAAUCCUCAACAGGAUCGGCCCACUGAGGAUGUUCUUUAAACAAAAAAAAAAGAAAGUAAAAAUGUUAAUAUUUUAAAAGUUAUUUUUUGUAUGUUGGUCAGUAGCACAAAAUGUAAGUGUUUUUAUUAAUGGUGUUAAAACCGACUGCCAUUUCCUAUGUUUUCCUCAGUUCAGGAAUUGCCUUAAUUUUCUGACGUCUGGACACUCCCUCUCGAGGUCACACGUGAACAGAUGGCUACGACAAACAUGGGACAAACCCGAUUAGACUGAGAUGUUUUUUAUUUGUGUUCUUCAAUAAAUGCAUACAUUUUCCAUCUUUU